GAACCACCUCUAGGACUUUCCUCUUUCAUUAUUGCUUUGACUGUCUCACCUCAUAAGUCCUCCAUAUCUACAUUUGGCAGGUUACAAUGGACCAUAAGUUCUGUAUCAGAUUGUACAUCUUUUGUGCAUCUCAGUCGGUGAUGGCUUUUAACAUUGAUCCUGUUACCUGGAAAACCUUCACUCCACCUUCACCUUCACAGAGUCAAAAUGUUGCCUUUGGCUAUAAGGUGAUACAGAAAGACACAAGUCUGUUUGUGAGUGAUCCUUUAAUACAACUCAGUCAAACUCGAAGAGGACAAAUAUAUCGCUGUGCUGUGACUGAAGGAAACUGCAAGCCACUGCCCAUUACUGUCACCAAUGAGGCUAUCAACAUGUCCCUUGGACUUUCAAUGUCUCUAGAUCUUCAGUCUUCAAGAGCAGUGGUUUGUGGUCCAACCAUACCUAAGAACUGUGAUGCAAUAACCACUUACAAUGGAAUGUGCUUUAAAAUCAAUCCAGAUAAUACUGUGAGCAGAUCUGUGCCAGAGACUCUGAGAGAAUGCCCAACAUCACAAAUUGACAUUGCUUUUUUACUUGAUGGAUCUGGAAGUGUAGGCUCUGUGGAUUUUGAUAAGAUGAAGGCUUUUGUUAUAGAAAUGAUCAAAAGUUUUAUAGAACGUGAUACACAGUUUGCCAUUGCACAGUUUUCUACACAAUGUUUCAUUCAUUACAAGUUUCAACAAGUCAAAUACGCCAUGGCAUGGCAAGAUGCAGUGAAUCAGAUAUCCCAACGGGGAGGAGUAACUCGGACUGCAGCAGCUAUAAGACAUCUUGUUAAUGAAUUAUUCGUCAGUAGUGGAGGUGCAAGACCAUCAGCCAGUAAAAUUUUGGUUGUUAUCACGGAUGGUGCAUCAACUGAUCCAAAUGAUUUGACUGCUGCUGUUCAACAAGCUCAAGCUAAAAAUAUAAUACGAUAUGCUAUUGGGGUUGGCAAUGCUUUUAAUAGUGGUAAAGCAAGAAGGGAGCUAGCAACUAUUGCAUCUUUACCCACAGAUAAUCAUGUGUUCAGAGUAACUGAUUUCGACACGCUGGAAAGCAUUCGUGAAAAACUCAAAGAGAACAUUAUCGCCAUUGAAGGAACCCAGACCUCUGGAGAUUCAUCUCAAAUGGAGUUUGCACAGGACGGGUUUAGUGCAGCAGUUACUUCAAAUACAGAUAUGAUAAUGACUGCAGUGGGAGCUUUCCAGUCGAAGGGUGGAUAUCAGCUGUACAAACCAAAUGAUAAUUCAGCUGUCUUUCAAGCUGGAAGUGAGCAUGACAGUUAUUUAGGUUAUUCCUUGGCAAUAGCAACAAUGUCAGGAGCAAAGUAUGCAGUCAUGGGAGCACCAAGACACAAGCAUAAGGGACAAGUUACUGUUUCAAGAAUUGAUCGAAGUGAUGUAAAACAACUGGAUCCUCCUAAGCCUCAGAUUGGCUCAUAUUUUGGAGCUGAGGUGUGUGUGGUCGAUUUGAAAAAUGACUCCAAUACAGACCUACUUUUGGUAUCGGCUCCAACAUACAUGGAGUCUGACCGGGAGGGCAUAGUGUUUGUUUACAUCUUCACACGUCGGGCAAACGCAAUUUCUACGGAUACACUGGUGGGCAUGGCAGGUCAGAGGGGUCGGUUUGGCUCUUCUCUGGCCAGUCCAGCAGAUCUGGAUGGUGAUGGUUUCAUGGAUGUGCUGAUUGGAGCUCCUUUAGAGGAGGAUGGACAGGGCAGCAUCUACAUCUUCAAUGGGAAAGAUGGAGCGAUCAAUUCAAAAUACUCACAGAGGAUUGUUGGAUCGUCUGUGCGAUCAGGUUUGCAGUUCUUUGGGAUUUCAUUGAGUCAGUCUUCUCUAGACCAGAGUCAAGACGGCCUUCCUGAUAUUGCUGUUGGGUCCAAGGGAGCAGUUCUUCUUCUCAGGUCCAGACCCAUAAUGCGCUUGGAAACCAAAGUAACUUACAACCCAACCAAAAUACCAACCGGUGAAACAGACCAGUCACUGGAAAACACCAUCAAAGUGUGUUUCACCAUGCGUCCAUACAGUUCCAGCAUAAAAGACCUAUCUGCAAAUAUUAAUUACACCAUAAUGCUGGAUGCCAAGCGACAGAAAUAUCGAGCAUACUUCUUAACUGAAAACCGGCUCCUCAGUAAUGUGUUGAAAGUUGUAAUGAAUGCAGAAGCUUGCAGAAGUCAUCCUUUCUUUAUAGACGCUUUCUCAGAAGAUGCUCUGAACCCAGUGUCCAAUCAGCUGAUGUUCACUUUUGAGGGUCUACCAUCCAGAUCAAUGCAAAACAUAAAGCCAAUACUGCUGCCAGAGAUAAAGACCACCACAGACCACAAUGUAAGAGAAGGCAAAACAAUGUUUAUUUUAAAUUGUGUACGGUUGUGGUCAAAAGUUUAUCUAUAUCUUGAAAAGUCUGCAAAAUGUUAA